UUUUCUUUACCCAUUGCACCAUUUUAAUGUUGUAAAACCUUUGCAAUGAGAGCCCCUGGGUACGGCGAGAUCGAGGCUCAGCCGUUCCUCCAAGAUCCGAAAGCCAAGAAACGAUCCAAAUGGUCCGAGAUCUCUUCAGGAUGGAGACUCAGUCUCGUUUACGGAGCCGGCGCUUCGACUGUUGUACUGCUCAUAAACGUCGGCGUCACCAUCUGGUCGAGCACACUGAGCAAGGGAGAAGCAAACAGCAGCGACAUUCAAUCCAACAAUCGGAGAAUCCUCUUUCAGGGAUCUUGCGAGGAGUCUAGGAAACUCAACGUUGUUCUACACAUCUUUAUCAACGUCUUUAGCUCCAUCCUGCUCGCAGCUAGCAGCUAUGGCAUGCAGUGCCUCACUGCCCCGAACCGUGCCGAAGUCGACAAGUCCCACGCCGCUCAGAGGUGGAUGGAUAUCGGUAUCCUCAGCGUGCGGAAUCUACGCGGCGUCUCCUGGAAGCGGUCUAUCCUAUGGCUUCUCCUCACUAUGUCUUCGAUCCCUCUCCACCUUCUGUACAACUCGGUCGUCUUCUCAUCAUUGUCGACUAUGAACUACGACGUCUACCGCGUAGGCGAACAAUUUAACGACCCCGGAUCAGCCAACAUCACCAAACUCGCACGCGAACAAAAAUGGGACAACAUCACGGUCGAACAAUGCAUCACCGACUAUGGCGUAGCCUUCCUGACCUCUCGAAGCGACCUCAUCCUCGUCGUCGACCAAGCGCCAAAGACAAACGGCAGCAAAAUCUUUAACAGCUUUUACCAGAACCACGAUCUUAUCGUGGGUGAGGGUUGCUACAACACCGCUUACUCGUGGAUCUGCCCGCGCAUAGGUUGCAAUGCUCAGGCUUGCCUCGGCGAGCUUCCAAAUGUGAAGAAGGAGGCGAAUAACUGGAGACCAUUCCAACACCGCGUCAAGUACUGUCUUAGCAAACCGAGAGAGGAGACUUGCCGCAUCAACUUUAACAUUCCUGUCGCUAUAGGAGUCAUCAUAGCCAACGCAGCCAAGGCUAUGAUCCUUCUCUAUGUGGCCUUUAAGCCACCAGAGGAACCAUUGCUGGUCCUUGGAGAUGCAAUCCAUUCCUUCCUUAAAAAGCCGGAUCCCUUCUCCAAGCAUAUGUGCUUGGCAUCCAUCCACGAUGUCAAAACACAGGGAGCGUGGGCAUCCAUCAAACCUUCGCGUUGGGUACCGAUAAAGAAGCGGUGGGCAGCUGCAAUAAGCCGUACCCGUUGGUGGAUAAGCGGCUCAUUAUAUGGUGUGGCUCUUGGCGUAGCAAUCUUCUUUCUAUCAUGGGGAAUCAAAGCCCUGAGCGGCUCCCAUAGCUUCAAGACCCUCUGGGAUAUGGGCUUUGGUGCCAUCACCGACAAGGCCCUCAUAUCCGGGUUUCAAGGCGGCUCGGACAACUCCGACAACCAGGUCAUUGUCAGUGUUUUACUGGCCAACAUUCCUCAGAUCACCUUCUCGGUUCUCUACUUCCAAUACAAUGGGCUCUUCACAUGUAUGCUGUCAGCCAAAGAGUGGUCCGAUUUUGGAUGGAAGAGAAAGGGACUGAGAGUGUCAUCUGAACCCGUCGGCGAACAGCGCUCUCGAUAUUUCCUACAGCUUCCAUACCGGUGGAGUAUUCCCCUGGUGCUCCUGUCCAUCUUGAUGCACUGGAUCCUAUCGCAGAGCAUCUUUGUCGUCGCCGUCGAGACGGACAAACCGUUGUCUUGGAACUUUGCCACCUGCGGAUACUCUCCUGUGGCCAUUGUCUGUGUUAUGAUCGUCUCGCUAGUCAUGGUAGCUGCCGUCGUCAUCACAGCUACUCGUCGACUGCCAACUGCGAUUCCCGUAGUUGGGAGCUGCAGCUUGGCUAUCGCCGCGUCUUGUCAUCACCCCGAUAGCGUUCCUCAACCAGAGGCGCCUUAUCACCCUUUGAAGUGGGGUGUUAUGGGUAAGAGUGAGACUGACACGGAUGGUGUGUAUCUCCAUUGUGGAUUUUCUACUGAAGAGGUCGGCGAACCUCAGGAUGCGUUUGAAUACCAGUGAGCUGGUCUGACGAGGUUAUGUAUAUGAUACACAAGGAUCAAGGAGUUAACAAGGAAUUUCACCGUCUUAUUAUUCUCAAGCGCUGCUCCUCAUCUCUAACAAGCUUGAAGGAAACAUGCGGGAUAAUGAUUAACCAACGCCGCGUCUGUGCCAACUAUUAACCGGAACUUGAACUCAAGCAACUUAUUUAGGGAAAAUCAGGUUUCGAAGCCCAUCUCCCCC